AUGUUAGUUACUUCAUCUACUAAUCGACAUUUGCAGAGAGUGGCUGAAAAUCUCCUGUGGAAAUUGGAAAAAGAAGAAACAGCCAUCACAAAAUCACAUGGAAUAUCGACAAUGCUCAAUGUUACUUUGGAGAAAUAUGAUAUUAUGUUGAGCUAUUCACAUAGCGACAAAGAUUUGUGUUAUCAUAUUCAUGAUUGUCUCGUCAAAGAUAACUUUCGAGUGUGGAUUGAUCGAGAUCAAAUGCAUGGACAAACGAUGGUCGCAAUGGCCACUGCUAUUGAAAAUUCCGACUUCGUAUUUUUAUGCAUGUCAGAAGCUUAUAAACAGAGUGCCUAUUGUCAAUCCGAAGCUCAUUAUGCUUUUGAGCGUCAAUGUUAUUUAGUUCCAUUGAUUAUGAAGUCAGGUUAUCGACCAGAUGGAUGGCUGGGGAUUAUUGCCAGCGGAAAGAUCUAUAUCGAUUUUCCUAAACUUGGAUUCAAUGUUGCUUAUGAAAAGAACUAUCCACAUUGUAUUAAUCAAUGGACAACAACUCAUGUUCGAUCAUUUCUUAUCAAUGAAAAACUCGAUAGUCUACUGCCAGUACUGGGAAAUAUGAAUGGACGUCUUCUUCAUGAAACCUAUAAAAGAUGCAAAGCACAUUGGGAUUUGAUGUUUCAAACGUUUAAAGCUGAAGUAGCAGCUGAUGAUCAACAAAAACUUCUGACUAUUGACACAUACAUUCGUUUUCUUGAUGCAAUCGAAAAGUAUAUACCAAUCGUAUCCAAUGACACUUCUAAGCCUUCAACAUCAACAUCGAUGUUUUGUACUGUAGUUUAG